AAAAUCAAGUGAUUUAGCAAUAAAAGGUCAGGAAGGUGCACCUGUAGGUGGGGGUUUGACUGUUAAACAGUGGGCUUGUUCCACCUCAAAAGUGGAAGAGAAUGUUUCUAUGUCAUAUGCAGGGGCGGACUGACCAUUUGGAAACCCGGGCACUGCCCAAGGGCCCGGGAUGCCCCUGCUACCUUUUUCAUAGGCUUUUUUGAGUUUGGGCAAGGACACAGGGGCUCCAUGAUCUCCUAUUGCCCGGGGG